AUGGAUAGCGACACAAAAGAUGAGAAUAUCCAUAAUUUUGUAUCCCAACUGAACACAUUAAACAAGUUAAUAAGUUCCUUCAAAGAAACCUGUAAGAUAUCCUCCUACUGCUUCGAUAAAUGCGUUAGUUAUCCGGAAAAAAGUCUGAGCAACACAAACAAGAAGUGCAUAAGGAAUUGCACACAGAGAUACAUAGAAUGUGAUUAUUUUAUAAAAAAUCGACUAAAGGAUAAUUCCAAUCUGACGAAUAUAAAAUAUAUUGGACGAAAUUCGUAA